GCUUCUUUAUGAAAUCAUCAUCAUCACGUCCUGCAUCCAAGCCCAUUGUUUUGAUAUGUAAUUACCAUCUUCCAGGUUGUCAUCGGGUAUCGACAUGUCUAUCACUGCACUCCCCAGCCAUGCCCAAAAGCUCUUGAGUUCCACCUCUAUCAUCACCACUCCAGUCUCGCUCGUCAAGGAACUAAUAGAUAACGCCAUCGACGCAAGUGCCACUGCCAUAGAAGUCAUCAUUUCACAGAACACUAUCGACAAGAUUGAAGUCAGGGAUAAUGGACUAGGCAUCCAUACCCAUGAUUACGACUCCUUGGGAAGACACGGUCACACAAGCAAGCUCAAGGACCUUGACGACCUGCGUUCCGUGGCUGGCACCAGUCUUGGCUUCCGAGGUCAGGCCUUGGCAAGUGCAAAUACAUUGGGCAAGCUCACCAUCAUCACAAAGACUUCUUCGGAUCCAGUAGCCGCAACUAUACAAGUAAAUCCCCAUUCCGGAGGUGUCCUGAGACAGCAAGCAGGCUCAGCACCGGUUGGGACUACGGUGAGUGUCUCUGAAAUCUAUUACGGACUCCCGAUUCGAAAACAGCUUGUCGCCAAGGAAGCCGGGAAGACCUUGGACAGGGUCAAAAGCCUGCUUCGCUCAUACGCCCUGGCGAGGCCAACGAUUAGACUCACACUCAAAGUUCUUAGCAAGCCCGCAAUGAACUGGAACUACUCACCUCGACGAGACGCUUCCAUUGGCGAAGCCAUUCUUCAAGUCCUUGGAAAAGAUGUGGCAGCUCGUUGUUUCGAAAAGAAGGCCAGCUUUCCUGCAUUCGCUGAAGACCGACCUGACGUGUCUGGAUUAUCGUUCAUGUUUGAAGCGUUCAUUUAGAAAGUGGACGCCGAAUUCAUACGUCUUCCCACACAGCGCUAUUUUUCCGUCGACGGUAGACCUGUUACUAGCACAAGAGGAACGACACAGAAGUUGAUGGCGGUCUACACCAAGUUUCUAAGCAACGCGCUGCUCCCACAGCCUGAUGCAAAGGCCAUGCGUGAUGCCUUCAUUCGACUCAACGUCAAGUGCCCUGAAGGAACCUAUGAUAUCAACAUUGAACCAUUGAAGGACGACGUACUGUUUGAGAGUGAACAGGCAAUUUUAAGCGGUUUCGCAGCAUUGUGUGAAGAUGCGUACGGGCCGCUUCGUCCAAACAGCAAGCAAGCUGCUCCGGAAAGUCGGGCCUCAAUGAAGCCUUUGCCUGCUCUCCAUGAAACCGGUCACACCACACACAAUAACAUACACAACGAAACCCUCAUUGCUUCGGAGAGUGAUCAGGC